UUGUAAGCUUUUUCAGUCUUUCACUAGCCUUCAAUUGUGCAAGUCGUCGGUGUUCUCUCCAGUCUAAGUAUAAACAUAAUGGAUCGUUGGCAAAAUCGUGUCGCUGCCGUUACUGGCGCCAGUUCCGGUAUAGGUGCUGCCACCGUUAAGGAUCUACUUAAUGCCAAUUUAAUUGUUGUCGGACUGGCGCGUCGCUUGGAGCGUAUGGAGGAAUUUAAAGCACAAUUACCGGCUGAACAACAAAAACGUUUCCACGCCGUCGCCUGCGAUGUUUCAUCACAAGAAUCGGUCGAUACAGCAUUCGAUUGGAUCAUCAACGAGUUGGGUGGCGUUGAUAUACUCAUAAAUAAUGCGGGUAUAUUCAAACCUGGCCAGGCUUGUACUUCAGAUCCGGUGGUAUUGCAACAAGUUAUGCAAACCAAUGUAAUGGGUGUGGUUUAUUGUACACAACGUGCCUUUAAAUCGAUGAAAGAACGCAACGUUGAUGGACAUGUAGUGAUCGUUAAUAGUGUGCUGGGUCAUAGUGUACCCUUGGUAAUUGGUAAUGAUAAGCCACCAAUGAUGAAUGUCUAUGGGCCGUCUAAGUACGCCAUAACCGCUUUAACGGAAGUAUUGCGACAGGAGUUUAGAGGACUAAAGACCAAAAUUAAGAUUACUAGCGUUAGCCCCGGUUUAACCGAUACGGAAAUUAUACCGGAGCAAUAUAAAGGCCCUGAGAUUCCAAUCCUGAAAUCAGAGGAUGUUUCGAGCUGUAUUUUGUUCACACUCUCCACUCCACCACAUAUGCAAGUACACGAGAUAACUGUAAAACCCGCUUUGGGCGAAUAAAUAUAUAUGGAUGUAUAUAUUUAGUUGAGCAGCUAUACCAAAUAUUUAUUAUAGAUUUAUAUAUAAAAUAUAUAAAGUUAUUGUAAAUUAUUGUAAAAAACUGUUUUUUAUUUUCUUUGAACAACCCUAAUGCUUGUAAUAUUUAUUUA